UUCCAGUAGGUGACUAUUUUAUUUCUUUUUUUAAAUUUUAUUGUGUUUUAGGUGAAGGUUUAUAGUUCAAAUUAGUUUUUAAUUAAAAAAUUAAUACACAAACGAUUUUGUGAUGGUUUUAUUAUUGUGUGUUUCUAGUGAAGUUUUUUCAAAUCAAGCAUAUAUAAAUUUAUAUUCUUGAAUCACCUCCCCCUUUUUCCAGAAAAGAUAGCGACUUUAUACACCAUUCUGCACCUUGAGAGCUAUUUUAGGAGGUGGUCAGGGAAGGCCUCUCUACUGCAUUAGGUAAGGAAGCAAGCCAUGUAGGUAUCUGGAUGAAGAGUAUUUUAUUUGGGUACAAAGGUCCUGAGGCAGGAAUGAAACAGGUAAAUUCAGGGAACAACAAAGAGGCCACUGCAGCUGGAGAUGAAUGAGCAAGGGGGAAGAGGAGGAAGAAACUGAGGUUGGAUAGAUACUUGAAUUUUAUUGUAAGUGCCAUGGGAGUUCUUUGUAAGGUUUUGAGCAGGCGAAUUACAAAAGGACUGGAUUAUAUUUUUAAAGGAUCUCUCUAGUAUAAGAAUAGACUGGAGGGAGCAAGAAUGGAAACAGGAAAAUGCUCCAAGAAAUGAUUGGAGUAAUCCAGAAUAAGAGUCGUUAAUGAUUUAGACUAGAGUGAAAGUGGUAGAGAUAGUGAAAAGGUUAUCAGGUUCUGGUUUUAAAAAAAAAUCUUAAGUUUGAAAUGUCUUUUAAACAUCCAGUUGGAGAUCUCAGGUAGACAGUUGGAUAUAUAAGUCUAAAAUUCAGAGGAGAGGUUAAAACUCAACCAAGUCAAAUCCGUUGACGUCGAGUCAGUUCAGACUCAUAGCAACCCUAUAAGAUAGAGUAGAAUGCCGCAUAGAGUUUCCAAGGAGCAGCUGGUGAAUUCAAACUGCUGACCUUUGGUUAGCAGCCGAAAGCUUAACCACUGUGCCACCAGGGCUCCAAGGAGAGGCUGGGACUGAUGAUACCUAAAUUUUAAAGCAUUACCGCUGGACCAUACUUAAAGCCAUAGGACUGGAAGAGAUCACUUAGGUGUAGAGUUAAUUAGUUUGAGAAGUCCACAGAUUGAGACCUGAUAUUCUCCAAUAUUGAAAGCUUAGAAAAUGAAAAGAAGCCAUCAAGAAAGAUAGAAAAGAAGUGGCCAGUGAAAUCUGAGAACUCUAGAGGAUGGUGUCCCUGAAGCCAAGUGAGAAAGUAUUUUUAGAGUAAGGGGUUGAUGGAUCACCUACAUCACCUAUUAUCACCUAUUAUUUCUUAAGAAAUCAGGUAUCCUCUUUCAUUGUAAACUGUCUCUGAGAAAAACAAUUUUAUUAGACCUUUUUUUAAAAAAAAGUUUUGUGUUUUUUCUGAAGGUUUACUUAUUAGACCUUUCUUUAUCCUAAUUUAUUGACAGGGAGUUCAUAAUUAUUCUCUACCAGAAACCACUAAAUCUAAAGCCCUGAAGAAAUUUUUACCCAUUGGGGGACCCCUUCUGGAUGGACUUGGAGGCUGCUGCUACUGAGAUUUGAGCAGGAGAAGCACUGCUUUUUCAGAGAAAAGAACUUGCUGUUAGGAUUUGCCUCACAUUCACAAAAGAAUUACAUGAUUUAAGCAAGUCACUUAAUUUUGAAAGCUCAUUUUCUUAAUCUGCAAAAUAAGGCUGGUGAUAGUCAAACUACUUCAGAGGUUUGUUUUGACCAAAUGAAGUAGAUAUGAAAAACAAAUGAACAGUAAAAUUGCAGCUAGGGAUAUCCUCUUUGCAUUGCCCCAAAUGUGGUACCAACCUGAUUGUGAUAAAUUUGAAGAAAUAUAUUGUCUGGGGAUGACGUAGCUUUGCCGAAGAGUUAGAAGCUAAGCAGAAAAUGAGCUUAACAUCCUGGUUUUUGGUGAGCAGUGGAGGCACUCGCCACAGGCUGCCACGAGAAAUGAUUUUUGUUGGAAGAGAUGACUGUGAGCUCAUGUUGCAGUCUCGUAGUGUGGAUAAGCAACAUGCUGUAAUCAAUUAUGAUGCCUCUACGGAUGAACACUUGGUGAAAGAUUUGGGCAGCCUAAAUGGGACUUUUGUGAAUGAUGUAAGGAUUCCAGAACAGACUUAUAUCACCUUGAAACUUGAAGAUAAGCUGAGAUUCGGAUAUGAUACAAAUCUUUUCACUGUAGUACGAGGAGAGAUGAGGGUCCCUGAAGAGGCUCUUAAGCAUGAGAAGUUUACUAUUCAGCUUCAGUUGUCCCAAAAAUCUUCAGAAUUGGAAUUAUCAAAAUCUGCAUGUACCAAAAGCAUAGACUCAAAGGUAGCGGAUGCUGCAACAGAAGUGCAGCACAAAGCUACAGAAGCACUAAAGUCUGAGGAAAAAGCCAUGGAUAUUUCUGCUAUGCCGCGUGGUACUCCAUUAUAUGGGCAGCCAUCGUGGUGGGGGGAUGAUGAGGUGGAUGAGCAAAGUGCUCUCAAGUCAGAUGGCAAACCUGAAGAGAAAAAUCAUGAAACUGGAAUGUCAGGGUGCAGCAUAGAUUCCAAGCAAGUUGAGGAACAGCCUGCAGCUGCAAAUGAAGAAGUACUUUUUCCUCUCUGUAGGGAACCAAGUUAUUUUGAAAUCCCUACAAAAGAAUUCCAGCAACCAUCACAAAUAACAGAGAGUACUAUUCAUGAAAUCCCAACAAAAGACAUACCAAGUCCCCAUACAACAGGUGCAGGGCAUGCUUCAUUUACCAUUGAAUUUGAUGACAGUACCCCAGGAAAGGUAACUAUUAGAGACCAUGUGACAAAAUUUACUUCUGAUCAGCGCCACAAGCCAAAGAAGUCCUCUCCUGGAACUCAAGACCUGCUGGGGAUUCAAACAGGGAUGAUGGCACCAGAAAACAAAGUAGCUGACUGGCUAGCACAGAACAACCCUCCUCAGAUGAUAUGGGAAAGAACAGAAGUGGAUUCCAAAAGUAUUAAAAGUGAUGUUCCAGUUUACUUGAAAAGGUUGAAAGGAAAUAAACAUGAUGAUGGCACACAAAGUGAUUCAGAGAAUGCUGGGGCCCACAGGCGUUGUAGCAAACGGGCAACUCUUGAGGAACACUUAAGGCGCCACCAUUCAGAACACAAAAAGCUACAGAAGGCCCAGGCUACUGAAAAGCAUCAAGACCAAGCUGUUGUAAGUCAAACUGCUUUUAUGAUUGCAUUUUUUGAUGAAGACAAUCCCAGAAAAAGACUGUCAUAUUCUUUUACUCAGAGUGCAGGAAUCUCAUGUCAGGAAACUAUUUAUUCAACACCACAUACAAAACUUGAAAAAGCAAACUCUCCAACAGCAGAUGCCAAAGUGGUUUCUUUGUCUUUACAGACUAGCUCUGCGCAUCACAGAGGGGGGCAUGGUGUUCCACAUGGGAAAUUGUUAAAACAGAAAUCAGAGGAGCCAUCGGUGUCAAUACCCUUCCUACAAACUGCAUUAUUAAGAAGUUCAGGGAGUCUUGGGCACAGAUCAAGCCAGGAGAUGGAUAAAAUGUUAAAAAAUCAAGCUACUUCUGCUACUUCUGAAAAGGAUAAUGAUGAUGACCAAAGUGACAAGGGUACUUAUACCAUUGAGUUAGAGAAUCCCAACAGUGAGGAAGUGGAAGCAAGAAAAAUGAUUGACAAGGUCUUUGGAGUAGAUGACAAUCAGGAUUAUAAUAGGCCUGUUAUCAAUGAAAAACAUAAAGAGCUGAUAAAAGAUUGGGCUAUCAGUUCUGCUGCAGUAGUAAUGGAAGAAAGAAAACCACUGAGUACACCUGGAUUUCACAACUCAGAGGAAAGCACAUCUUCAUCUGGAAAUAAACGUUGGGUUUCACAAUGGGCUAGUUUGGCUGCUAAUCAUACAAGACAUGAUCAAGAAGAAAGGAUAAUGGAAUUGUCUGUGUCUCUUCCUUUAGAGAAUGACCCAGAUAUUAAUGAAUCUGGCAUUUCAUUGAGAUGUACUGGCUCAGCAACUUCCUUGGCUGGUCAGGGAGAAAGAAGGAGACGAACCCUUCCCCAACUUCCGAAUGAAGAAAAGUCUCUCGAGAGCUCCAGAGCAAAGGUUAUAACACAGAGGUCAGAGAUAGGAGAAAAACAAGACACAGAACUUCAGGAGAAAGAAACACCAACACAGGUAUCCCAAAAAGAUAAACAAGAUGCUGACAGAGCCCUGAGUAAAAUGAAUAGGACAGUCAAUGGUGAAACUCUUAAGACUGGAGAUAAUAAAAUACUGUUUAACUUAGGCAGCUCUUCUCCUGGGAAGGAGAAAAGUGAAACUGAUAAGGAAGCUUCUUUGGUAAAGCAAACAUUAGCUAAAAUUCAACAACAUGAACAAAAAGAGCAGGCAGAAUGGACACCCACUAAAUUGUCAUCUUCAAAAAAUGUUUCAGGUCAGAUAGAUAAAUGCAAGGAAGAAUCUAUUAAACAAGAGUCACAGCCUCAAGAGAAAAUUCCUGGACAUUCAACAAGCAAAGGAGAAAGAAUGAUACAAAAUGAGAGCAAGAGAAGAAAAGCUGAGGAAAUUCUAAAAAGUCAAACUUCAAAGGGAGGAGACAAGAAAGAAUCUUCCAAGUCAUUAGUGCGACAAGGAAGCUUCACUAUAGAAAAGCCUAGCCCAAACAUACCCAUAGAACUUAUCCCCCAUAUAAAUAAACAGACUUCAUCCACCCCCUCUUCGUUAGCAUUAACCUCUGCAAGUAGAAUACGAGACAGAAGCGACUCUAUGGAUACUGAUUCUAGUAUGGACACAACCCUUAUUCUCAAAGACACAGAAGCGGUAAUGGCUUUUCUAGAAGCUAAACUGCGUGAAGAUAAUAAAACUGAUGAAGGCCCAGAUACUCCCAGUUAUAAUAGAGACAAUUCUAUUUCACCAGAAUCUGAUGUGGAUACAGCUAGUACAAUCAGUCUGGUUACUGGAGAGACUGAAAGAAAGUCAACCCAAAAGCGAAAGAGUUUCACUAGUCUCUAUAAAGAUAGGUGUUCUUCGGGUUCUCCUUCCAAAGAUGUUACAAAAGCAUCAUCUUCAGGUGUGAGGGAGAAGGUUGAAAAGAAAACAAAAAGUCGAUCCACAGAUGUAGGUUCAAGAGCAGAUGGUCGUAAAUUUAUGCAAUCCAGUGGAAGAAUAAGACAGCCUUCAGUAGAUUUGACAGAUGACGACCAAACCUCUAGUGUACCUCAUUCUGCUAUUUCUGAUAUUAUGUCAUCUGAUCAGGAAACUUACUCUUGUAAACCUCAUGGAAGGACUCCACUUACCUCAGCUGAUGAACAUGUACACUCCAAACUGGAAGGAAGUAAAGUAACUAAAUCCAAGACUUCUCCUGUAGCAUCUGGUUCAUCCAGUAAAUCCACCACUCUUCCAAGGCCACGACCUACCAGGACUUCCCUGUUGCGCAGAGCACGACUUGGUGAAGCUUCAGACAGUGAACUAGCUGAUGCUGACAAAGCAUCUGUUGCUUCUGAGGUAUCCACAACAAGUUCUACAUCAAAACCUCCCACAGGAAGACGCAACAUCUCUAGGAUUGAUUUAUUGGCUCAGCCUCGUAGAACAAGGCUUGGUUCAUUAUCUGCUCGUAGUGACUCUGAAGCAACAAUAUCUAGAAGUAGUGCCUCUUCACGUACCGCAGAAGCCAUCAUUAGAAGUGGAGCCAGAUUAGUACCAUCAGAUAAAUUUUCUCCUAGAAUUAGAGCUAAUAGUAUCUCUCGACUAUCAGACUCCAAGGUUAAAAGUAUGACCUCAUCGCAUGGCUCUCCUUCAGUAAAUUCAAGAUGGAGGCGCUUUCCAACUGAUUAUGCUUCCACUUCAGAAGAUGAAUUUGGAUCAAACCGUAAUUCCCCUAAACAUACCCGUCUACGUACUUCUCCAGCCCUGAAAACCACUCGAUUGCAGAGCAGUGGAUCAACAAUGUCUACUAGUUCUUCAUUCAAGCAUCGGAUAAAAGAACAGGAAGACUACAUCCGAGAUUGGACUGCUCAUCGAGAAGAGAUAGCGAGGAUCAGCCAAGAUCUUGCUCUCAUUGCUCGGGAAAUCAACGAUGUAGCAGGAGAGAUAGAUUCAGUGACUUCAUCAGGCACUGCCCCUAGUACCACAGUAAGCACUGCUGCCACCACCCCUGGCUCUGCCAUAGACACUAGAGAAGAGGUAGGAGAUCUUCAUGGAGAAAUGCAUAAGUUGGUUGAUCGUGUUUUUGAUGAAAGUCUCAACUUCCGAAAGAUCCCUCCAUUAGUUCAUUCUAAACCACCAGAAGGAAACAACUGUCGGUCUGGUGAUCCAAGACCUCAACCAGCAGAGACCCCCGAUCACUUAACGAUCACAAGGCGGAGAACAUGGAGCAGAGAUGAAGUCAUGGGAGAUAAUUUGCUGCUAUCAUCUGUCUUUCAGUUCUCUAGGAAAAUAAGACAAUCUAUAGAUAAAACAGCUGGAAAGAUCAGAAUAUUAUUUAAAGACAAAGAUCGGAAUUGGGAAGAAAUAGAAAGCAAGUUAAGAACUGAAAGUGAAGUCCCUAUUGUGAAAACUUCAAGCAUGGAGAUUUCUUCUAUCUUACAAGAACUAAAAAGAGUUGAAAAGCAGCUACAAGCAAUCAAUGCUAUGAUUGACCCAGAUGGAACUUUGGAGGCUCUGAAUAACAUGGGAUUUCCCAGUGCUGUCUUGCCAUCUCCGCCAAAACAGAAGUCCAGUCCUGUGAAUAACCACAGCAGCCCCGGUCAGACACCAACACUUUGCCAACCAGAAGCUAGGGUUCUUCAUCCUGCUGCUGUCUCAGUCUCAGCUGAGUUUGAGAAUGCCGAAUCUGAAGCUGAUUUCAGUAUACAUUUCAAUAGGUUCAACCCUGAUGGGGAAGAGGAAGAUGUUACAGUACAAGAAUGACUUUCUCUUGAUUGUUAAAAAAUAAUUACCUGUGAAAUGACUAGGAUUAUUGGAAGGAGCAUAGUGUUGACUUAUAUAAAACAAGACAGCUUGGUCAACUACCAUUUUGUUCUCCCUGUCUUCUUAAUUUUAUUUAUUUGUUUUUUAUAUAUAAUGUGGUAUCAUAUUAAUCCUCUCAAGACAUUUAGAUAACCAUUUGAUGCACAUAUAGGAAAAAGCUAAUGUGACAGUUUCUCCUUUUGUCGUUUUAUGAUUAUCAAAUUGAAUUCUAUAAUUGCAUCCUUUCCCUUCAUAGAUCUUCGUUUUUUGUUUUGUUUUGUUUUGUUUUGUUUUUUAAGCCAUGCUGUGACCUACAAGCAAACUAAAUACCCAACAUUUCUGAAACCCCAUGUCUCCUGUGCCAAGCUGCUCCCUGAAAUGGACUUCCUCGUCAUCUGUACAGAUUUGUUAAACAGUUAUAUUUGCUUCUUAAUAAUAGGAUUUAUAUUAGUAUUCAUUACCAUUGGACACAAUGACACAUUACUCUUCACAGUAAAAUAGACUUUCAAAACAUUCAUUCUUGUGUCCUGAAGUUUUCCAGCAUAUAUGUGAUUUAUAAACUUCGUUGCUACGUAAAUUGUCUUGGGGUUUAUGGAGAUUAACUAUUAUGUUUGCACUAAGAUUUGCUGGGAGUGGUAGGUGGGCAUAUCUAUAUAUCAAUAAGGACUAAUCGUCUUUUUUUGUACAUAGGAGAUUGCUAAAACUGUAUUUGUUUUAACCCCACAGUGUUUUGCUCCACUUUUGAGAAGAUCAAUUUGGCACUUUCUUCAGUUUUUUUUUUUUUUUUUUUUUUAAUGGUAAUAAGAUUUUGUCUCAUUUUAGGUCAGAUGAUAGCUAGAAAGAUUAAACUAGACAGAUAGUUUAGGUGGAGUAUAUUUUUAAAGAACAUGUAUAUUGGUCCUGUGUUACCAAGUUUAUAUGUGACAGUUGAAAAAGAUUUCCCUUGAAAUGAUCAUGAGGUUAAAAUUUUCUCUUUUAGGAGGCUCGGAGAACCAGUAGGUAUAAGAUUAGUUGAUAGUUUCACUCCCAAGCAAUAAAUUGCUUGUGUGUUUCCCUAUAGGACCCAAUAGUAAUUCCUGUCUCAGUCUUUUACAUUUAUAAGGACUCUGGAAGAUGACAAUGACACAGGCUUUGGGCCUCUGCUACUUAAUAGGAAGCCUAUGAAAAUUAUCUUCUAUAGACUUGUUUUUUCUUUCCCGUAAGUUCACACUUGGAUAAGUUUAAUAAGAAAGUAAUUAUCUGUGUGUUUCCAGAACACUAUAAUUUGGGUGAAUCUUAAUUCAGUUAAAUAUUAUUAGUAGACCAGAAUUUUUCCCUUGAUCCCAUCAGUCUGUAAAGGUUAAAACUGCAACUUUUAUGAAAUGGUCUUUAAUAUUUCAGCAUAAUCUUGUGCUGUAUUUCUUUAAGAAACAGACUAAUUCUGUAUAUUUCAAAACUUUAUAGGAUUUUUAAAAUCCUGUACUGAUGGACGAGUUAAUAAAGAUGAAAAAAAUCUUUUAUAGAGAUGUAAAAACAAAAGUCUGUUGUAUAAUGGAUCUCAUUUUUUUUAAUUAAAAAAAGGAAAAAGAUAAAUGAAUUUUCUUCUUUUAAAGCUAAAUUCCCCAUUCUCUCUAAUAAAGGAAGACUGAAAAAAAAGUUUUAACGAACAUGAAUGGAAAGAUAAAAAUGCAUUUAAGGAAUAAACAAAACAUUAAAACAGGGUCAAUCCAUUUUUUAAAAAGUCAAACAGCAUAAUCACCAUUAUUCCCUCUUUGGGUACUGAUUAUAUCCACAUGAAAGUAGAAGGUAAGGAGUUGUUUAGGAAAGUAUUAGAAUCUACUUACAUUAUUGUUCAAGUGUUUACACAGUUUUGUUCAUUGAUAAGCAUUUGGCCUUUUACUAUGUUAUUUUUAUUUUGUAUGAAUACAUUAUUCUCCUUAUUUAUUUUUGUUACAUUUAUUAUGUUAUUUUGUUAUGCAUUUAAACUCCAUUUUUAAAUAAAGUGUUUCUGGAACUUUA